AUGGCCGACGAGCUGGCCACCGUCUUCGCCAUGGCCGACGCCGACGACCGCGUCAAGGCCAUCGUGCUGACCGGCGCUGGUGACCGCGCGUUCUGCGCCGGCGCCGACCUCGAGCUGGGCUUCCCCAAGGGCGCCGGCAAGGACGGCCACACCAACCGCGGCGACGUCGAGCGCGCAAAGGACCACCGCGAUGCCGGCGGCCGUGUCGCGCUGGCCAUCCAUCGGUGCCGCAAGCCCACGAUCGCAGCCCUCAACGGCGCCGCCGUGGGCAUCGGCAUCACCAUGACGCUGCCAGCGACCAUCCGACUGGCACCCGCGGACGCCAAAGUCGGCUUCGUGUUCGCGCGCCGCGGACUGGUCAUGGAAGCCGUAUCGUCGUUCUUCCUGCCGCGGCUGAUCGGCCACGGGCGCGCCAUGCACGUCGUCACCACCGGCGCCGUGUAUCCCGCCGCCCACCCGCUGCUGCGCGACCUCUUCUCCGAGAUCCUGCCCGACGCCGACCAGACUCUGCGCCGCGCCCUCGAGCUGGCUGCCGACAUCGCCCAGAACACGUCCACCGUCGCCACCGCCCUGAUGCGCGACAUGAUGUACCGCGGGCCCGCCAGCCCCGAGGCCACCCACCUGCUCGACUCCGCCGUCAUCUACAGCCUGUUCGGCUCGCGCGACAACGAGGAGGGCGUGCGGAGCUUCUUCGAGAAGCGCCCGCCGCGGUUCACUGCGUCUGUCACCAACCCCGACGAUCUGCCGUCCGUGUACCCCUGGUGGGAUCCCGUCGACAUCUCGCCCCCCAGCGCUGGCAAGGCCAAGCUGUGA